GCGGUUUAAUUGCACAUAUUGAUCAUGCCUGUCCUCCGGCAUACGAGCUCUUAUGUACAGUACACCGCCUCCCAUCCUUCGGACUGCAAACUAACUACUCCCGGAGGGCGAGACCUAAAUUCACAGCAGCUUCUCAUUCCCCUCGCCAAAUAAUGAAUCCUUGCUACAGAAAAUAAUAGAGGCGGGGACUAAAUACAUGUAGCUAGCCACUCGAAAUCUCCAGAAAGAACGACUGCAAAAUUAAGCGCGAAAAACGUCGAACCAAGACUACAUGUCCCGUGAUGCUGUGUAGAACUACAUUUCCUUCACGUGACCUGCGAUCAGCUGACACGACGGGGCAAGAGCAAGCGAAAACAUUCGUUGUCAAUGUGAAGCAUCAACGUGAGCUGUCAAAGAGCUUAAACACAUGAUAGCGCGGAAGUUAUCAAUAACCAGUCACGCUGCUCCGCUGGGCCUGGGACUGGAAGAACAUUACAGAAAUACUCCGGCACAUAUUGAAUACCGGCGUUGGGGGUGAGCCUUUCCUUGAAAUGGCAAAAUGGAUCCUCAUCCUUGCUGGACUCUUCAUUCACUCUGUGUCUGGGAGUCCCCCCAAUAUCAUCCUGAUCUUUGCUGACGACUUGGGCUAUGGUGACCUGGGGUGCUAUGGACACCCUACCUCUCACACUCCGAAUCUUGACAUGAUGGCAGCUAAAGGAUUGAGAUUUACUGAUUUCUAUACCACUGGAGCUGUGUGUUCCCCCUCCAGAGCCAGUAUCCUUACUGGACGAUAUCAGACCCGUUCUGGAGUGUACCCAGGAGUGUUCUACCCUAGUUCACGGGGAGGUCUCCCACUGAGUGAGGUGACAGUGGCUGAGGUCCUGAAAUCACAAGGAUAUGAAACCGCUAUGGUGGGGAAGUGGCACCUUGGAUAUGGUAUAAAUGGGACCUUUCUCCCCACCCGGCAGGGAUUUCAGCACUUCCUUGGAGUCCCUUUCUCACAUGACCAGGGUCCAUGUCAAAGCCUCACUUGUUUCCCCCCAAAUACGCGCUGCUAUGGUACAUGUGACUUGGGAGAGGCACUGCUGCCUGUAUUUAUGAAUGAAAAGAUUAUCCAACAGCCGGUAAAUUUCAUCGACCUUGUCCCGCUGUACCAGGAAUUCAGCAAGUCCUUCAUCCGUGAAGCUGCUCAGAACCAGAAGCCUUUCUUCUUAUACUUUGCAUCCCAUCACACACAUUACCCACAGUUUGCAAGUGCCAAAUACACAGGACACUCCCCGAGAGGACGCUAUGGAGAUGCUCUGCUAGAAUUUGAUGGAUCAGUGGGAGAGCUGUUGCAAGCUGUGUGGGAGAAUGGGAUUCAGAAUAACACACUCUUCUUCUUCACAUCUGACAAUGGCCCUGAGACCAUGCGCAUGGAGAGAGGUGGUAGCUCGGGGCUGCUGAAAUGUGGAAAAAGCACAACAUACGAGGGAGGCAUGAGAGAACCAGCAAUUGCUUACUGGCACAGCAAAAUAAAACCAGGAGUGACUUCAAAGCUGGCAAGUGUUCUGGACAUUCUCCCAACGUUUGCAUCUUUGGCAGGGGCUCCUCUUCCUAAUAAAACUUUAGAUGGGUAUGAUUUGAGCAAACUCCUCUUGAAUGGUGGGGAGAGUCCACGGAAUACAUUUCAUUACUAUCCCCCUUCCAUUGACCCCGCAAAAGGCAUUUUUGCUUUAAGGUUUGGGAAAUAUAAAGCACACUUUUAUACACAAGGUGCAUUCCACAGUGAGACAACUCCAGAUGCAGACUGUCACAUCACAGCAGGCCUAACUGCUCAUGACCCACCAUUGCUGUUUGACCUGGAUACAGAUCCUGCUGAGAAUUACAAUUUACUAAAGGGGGGAAGAGUCCCCAAGGAUCUAGAGCCUGUGCUCAACAUGAUUCUACAGGAGCGUGAUCGAUUCCAGAAUAGCAUGGAGUAUGGAGAGAGUCAGACUAACUUGGGAAAAGACCCUUCUCUGAGACCUUGUUGUAAUCCAGAGUGUACUCCCAAACCGAACUGCUGCCGAUGUCAGGAGGGGAGAUCUCAGAAGUAGUACAAAGAUAACCAACAACACACUUCUGCUUUUCCCAACAUCUGAGGUUUAGUGUCUCAACAUGAUUUUCAGCAGUGGGAAACAUGCUAUGUAACAGCCAACACCUCCUAAUGACCUAUCACUCCAUGCAAGAAGUUCCCAUUGCUAUCCCUUUAAGUAGCAAAAACCGAUUAACAAAUUAACUGAAUAAUUGAACACUUAUUUUUUUUUCUACAAGAAUAUUCUUGAAUUUAUACGUAUUGCUGAACCAAAAACUAUUAAUAAACACAA